GCCGUUUACAGCGCUCACAGGCAGCGGGCCCCACCCACGUGAAAUCUGGCGGAAGGGAGAGCGAAACGAUGUGACGCAAAGCCGCGCAUUUCUCAAAGGCUCAUUGAGCACCUCCUGAUCACCGAAGUUGCGUCCGCCACUUUCCUUGGUUCGCCAGAGUGCCAUCGCCUUCUAAUCCUUCAGAUGCUCCUUCAAGAGGAAACUGCGCUGAACUUUUGGGAACUGGCGUCCCUUUCGUUCCUGUUGAGAGCGUGGUCCAAGAUAUCCUCUCUUCUCUGGGUAAUAAGUAAUCGGGUGAAUGGGGGUGAGCGUAAAUCCCUUUUGCUUGGAGAUGAUGCGUGAGGUUCGAGCAUUUCAAAAAAAACAUGAAAAUCCUCCUCAACAGCUACUUUGCCACGGCUGGGUGCCUGGCCUUUCGAAGGUAGGUGCACAGGUUGAUGAGGUUGAUUCAAAUGUGAUUCCCAAUUCCCAUUGUCACCGCGAGAAAGAAAAAGAGUGCGUUCUUCUCGCUUCAGUGGAGUUUUCUUGUGGUCGAGUUUGCGCUAAAAAUUGCAGGCGUUUAGGGACAAGAAAUAAGUAAACGGUCAUGGAACGAUGAUAGUGCUUUAUUUCCUGUGACUGAACUCUUGAAUUUUUGUGCGUCCAAAAAUUCCCUGCAGUUUUUCGAUUCGUGCAUAUCCAUGUCAGUUUUGAGCUGAAACUUGUGAGCGUGGCCUUUGGCUUCAGGGUGGGUGCAGUGGGACGACUUCAUGUUUUUUGGAGUUCGUCUCCCGCCCUAACCCUCCCACGAACUCGGGGGUGAGCGUAAAUCCCUUUUGUUUGGAUGAUGUGUUCAAAAGAAGCAUGAAAAUCCUCCUCAACAGCUACUUUGCCACGGCUGGAUGCCUGGCCUUUCGAAGGUAGGGGUGAGCGUAAAUCCCUUUUGCUUGGAGAUGAUGCGUGAGGUUCGCGUAAAUCCCGUUUGCUUGGAGAUGAUGCGUGAGGUUCGAGCAUUUCAAAAGAAGCAUGAAAAUCCUCUUCAUCAGCUACUUUGCCACGGCUGGAUGCCUGGCCCUUCGAAGGUAGGUGCACAGGUUGAUGAGGUUGAUUCAAAUGUGAUUCCCAAUUCCCAUUGUCACCGCGAGAAAGAAAAAGAGUGCGUUCUUCUCGCUUCAGUGGAGUUUUCUUGUGGUCGAAUUUGCGCUAAAAACUGCAGGCGUUUAGGGGUAGGAAAUAAGUGGCACUACCUCACUGCCCACGACUUAGGCUACCGGAUUCUUGGAGAUCGGAAAAGGUGCGUUCGAGAACGCACCAGACGGCAUUUGUUUGAAGGGGAAUUUUCCCUGCACCUCGUUUGUUUUUGCUUCGCCUGGCUACCAGUUCUCUCACUGAGAAUCAACCAUGAUUUGUAUGAAUUGAAUAUCUGGAAAACUUGCACGUGGAGCCUGUGAAAAACAAAAAGGGAUGAAACAACUUAUGCUGAAAAACAUGUUUGCUUGACUCACACAACAUGUCCGACAUGCAAAAACUGCGAAUGAACGGC